AUGAUGAACCCUCAUCCGCCACCGUCCUCCUUAAACCCUUCACAGCUGAUCACCACCAUCACCACCAUUCUUUCCGCCUCAAAGAAGCCAUUCAACGCCGCCGUCCUCAGUCCUUACCUCCCACACCUAACCCAACCUGUUCUUCACUCCAUCCUCACUUCCCCUGUCCUACUGACCUCCCACCCUAAUUCAGUCCAAGCUUUUUUCAGAUGGGCUCAUUCUCAAAUCCCUUCUCUAACUCUUCCCCUCCCAUCCCUUCUUUCCCUCCUUGGUUCCUAUUUCAGCCGCAACAAAUUCGCCGACGCUAAAGCCCUGCUCCUUGAAUUCAUUCCUUCCGACCAUCCGACCCAUCAGCUCCACCGUCAUCUUCUUAAUCCUUCCGAAUCGCUUCCUCUUCCUAGCAAAGCUCUCCUGGAUACCUCCAUUGCCGCCUAUUGCCGUUGCGGUCGGACCCAUCUAGCUGCCCAGGUUUUUAAGAAAAUGAAGCGUCUCCGCCUCUGUCCGAAUCUGCUCACUUGCAACACUCUCCUGAUUUCGUUGGUAAAGUACCCUUCUACUCAUACUGUGCGUUACUGUAAAGAGUUGUUCCAUGAUGCUCUUAAGCUUGGCGUGAAGCCCAACUCAAAUACUUUUAACAUUUUAAUCAGUGGGUAUUGUUUGGAGUAUAGAUUCAAAGAUGCGAUUGAUUUGUUGAAUAAAAUGAGUGAUUAUGGUUGUAAACCGGAUAAUGUUGGCUAUAACACGAUAUUGCAUGCUUUGUGCAAGAAGGGUAGGUUGAUUGAGGCUCGUGAUUUAUUGUUGGAUAUGAAGAGCAAAGGUUUGGUUCCAAACAGGAACACGUUUAAUAUUUUGGUCAAUGGGUACUGUAAAAUGGGCUGGCUGAAGGAUGCAGCCACUAUAAUUGAAUUGAUGACACAGAAUAAUUUGUUACCUGACCUUUGGACAUAUAAUAUGUUGAUAAAGGGGUUGUGUGAUGAGGGAAGGAUUGAUCAUGCUUUUAAGCUAAAAAAGGACAUGGAGGAAUUGAAACUGUUUCCUGACGUGGUUACAUAUAAUACUCUGAUUAGUGGGUGUUUCGCAAAUAAAAGAAGUUCCGAGGCCUUUGAUUUGCUCGAAGUGAUGAAGGCUGAAGGACUAAAGCCAAGUGAGGUUACUCAUAACAUUGUGAUUAAUUGGUAUUGUAAUGCAGGAAAGAUGAAUGAAGCUAGUGAUGCUAUCCGGAGGAUGGAAGAAGAUGGAUUCUCUCCGAAUUGUGUAACCUACAAUACCUUAAUAACUGGCUACUGUAAAGCUGGGAACUUGGCCGAGGCCGUUGUCAUGAUAAAUAUAUUGGCCAGUAAAGGUCUGAAGAUGGAUGCAUUUACUCUAAAUACUGCUCUUCAAACUCUGUGUCAGGAAAAGCGGCUUAAUGAAGCUUAUGACUUACUUAAAAGUGCGAUGAAGCGAGGUUAUAUCUUAAAUGAAGUAAGUUAUGGUAUUCUCAUUGUUGGAUACUUCAAGGAAAAUAAUGUAGGCAGAGCUAAGGAGCUUUGGGAUGAAAUGAAAAACAAAGCUAUCUUUCCCAGCAUCGUCACGUAUAAUUCGAUGAUUGCAGGGCUUUGCAAGACAGGCGAAACUGAGUUAGCGAUAGAAAAACUGAAUGAGCUUUUGGAGAAUGGGUUGGUUCCUGAUGAAAUUACAUAUAACACAAUCAUCCAGGGAUUUUGUUUGGAGGGAAGUAUUGACAAAGCAUUUCUCUUUCAUACCAAAAUGGUGGAGAAUUCUUUUAAACCCGGCGUCUAUACCUGCAAUAUUCUUCUUAGUGGGCUCUGCAAGGAAAGGAUGAUUGAAAAAGCCAUUCGACUUUUUGACACGUGGAAAUCCAAGGGGAAGGCAAUGGAUGCCGUCACCUACAAUACAUUGAUAGGAGCGUUAUGUAAAGUGGGGAGGCUUGAUGACGCGUUGGACCUUGUUGUUGAAAUGCAUGACAAGAACCUGGGCCCUGAUACUUUUACCUACAGUGCUGUUCUGGGUGCAUAUGCUGAUGCCGAGAGAAUAAAAGAGGCUGAAGAAUUCAUGUCAAAAAUAGCCGAGACAGGAUCAUUGGAACAACGUACAAACAUAAACAAGAAGGAAGGUGCCUCUGGUAAAUCGGCAGAUAACUCUGAUCCCAGUUCUGUUGCAUACAAUGAAGAAAUAACUGACCUUUGCAAUCGAGGAAGAUUCAGGGAUGCCAUGUUUAUGUACAGAGAGAUGAUUGACAAGGGUAUUUAUAUCGAUAAAUCUACUCAUAUAACUUUAAUGAAUGGACUUAUCAAGAGGAGGAAAAGUACUUUUAGGUCUGAUUGA